UCACGCGCGGCGCUUUCAAGAUGGCGGCGGCGGCGGGGGCCGGGGGCUGCCGGAAAUGUCUCAUCAGUGGCUUGUGGCUCAUCUCCAGGAGACACCCAGUCCCUGCAGCUCCCAGGGGAACAGGGUAUGGAAUGGGCAGGCCUGUUCUGGAGAUCCAGCAGUCUAGAUGCUACUCUUCUGGAGGAAGAAAAGGUUUUAUAUCAGGUUUUGUGGAGAACAUCAAGCAGGAAUUGGCAAAGAACAAGGAGAUGAAGGAAAGUAUUAAAAAAUUCCGAGAUGAAGCAAAAAAGCUGGAAGAAUCUGAUGCUCUCAGAGAAGCCAGGAGGAAAUAUAAAACCAUCGAGUCUGAAACAGUGAAGACCUCAGAAGUGAUUAAAAAGAAACUUGAAGAAAUAACUGGGACAGUUAAAGAGAGUUUGGAUGAAGUGAGUAAGAGUGAUAUUGGCAGGAAGAUAAAGGAAGGUGUGGAAGAAGCAGCAAAAACAGCAAAGCAGUCUGCAGAGUCAGUGACUAAAGGAGGGGAGAAAUUAGGCAAGACAGCAGCUUUCAAAGCUAUUUCUCAGGGAGUAGAAACUGUGAAGAAGGAGAUAGAUGAGAGUGUUUUAGGGCAGACUGGUCCUUACAGACGCCCGGAGCGACUACGGAAAAGAACAGAAUUCUCAGGAGAAAGGAUUAAAGAGGAGAGAAUAUUUGAAGCCAAUGAGGAGGCCAUGGGUGUGGUGCUGCAUAAAGACUCCAAAUGGUAUCAGCAGUGGAAAGACUUCAAGGACAACAACGUGGUCUUCAACAGGUUCUUUGAAAUGAAGAUGAAGUACGACGAGAGCGACAACGCCUUCAUCCGCGCCUCCAGGGCUGUCACAGACAAAGUCACCGACUUAAUAGGUGGAUUGUUCUCAAAGACAGAAAUGUCUGAAGUGCUGACAGAGAUACUCAAAGUGGAUCCAUCCUUUGACAAAGACCGGUUUUUGAAGCAAUGUGAGCGGGACAUCAUCCCCAAUGUCUUGGAGGCCAUGAUAUCUGGAGAGCUUGAUAUCCUCAAAGAUUGGUGCUAUGAAGCAACUUUCAGCCAACUGGCUCAUCCAAUCCAACAAGCCAAAGCCCUGGGUCUCCAGUUCCACUCCAGGAUCCUGGAUAUUGACAACCUUGAUCUGGCCAUGGGGAAGAUGAUGGAGCAGGGACCAGUGUUGAUCAUCACUUUCCAGGCUCAGGUCGUGAUGGUGAUAAAGAACCAGCAGGGGGAGGUGGUGGAAGGGGAUCCGGACAAGGUCCUGAGGAUGCUCUACGUGUGGGCCCUCUGCAGAGACCAGGAUGAGCUCAACCCCUAUGCAGCCUGGAGGCUGUUGGACAUUUCCUCCUCGAGCACUGAGCAGGUUCUCUGAGAAGAAUCCCAUCCAAGGGCUUCCCCAUGCUGCCUCUUCAGCAACACCCUCCCUGAACUGGCACCAGUCUGCCCUGCCAUGGACCCUGGGGGGGGAAGGAGGCUGGAUUGGCCCCUUUUCAGCAGAACUACUUGGUGUGCCCUCGUGGUGCCAAUCCCUGCCAUCAACUGGACCAGUAUCUGCCUUAGCUUUGCUGUGGUGUGUUGCACUGUGGGGUGGGUUCCAACCUGAACAGGCUGAGACACGAGCAGCUGUUGGCUCCUUUUUUUGGUUGUUUUUUUGGAAUUAUGGCUGAAAGAGGCUGGUUUGGAUCCUGGGUGUUUCCCAGUGAUGGACAGAGGUGGGUAUUGGAGACGUGACAGGUCCAGUUCCCAUCUACUCUCAUCCUCUGGUGGCCUCUCAGCAUCUCUUAGAAGAUCUUAGAGGUGCUUUUGAGGCCUGGUGGUCUUAGCUAACAAACAUCUCCUGUCCAAAGUGGCACCAUGAAGCCUUCUGUUGCUGCAGUGUCUUGCACUUUACCAAACCAAAUACAGUCAGGACUUGGCACGUGGUUCUUUGUCAGCUUGGAGCAGGGUCAGGAUGAGCUGUGGGCAUCACCAGGCAGGAGCUCCAGGCUGGUUUCAUAGGGGGGAAGUUGCUGCCAGUGUUAAUAUUUAUAUAUUCACAGCUUUGCAGGGGAGAUGUUGUUGUUUCGGGUGGUCUCUUCAUUGUGUCAGCACAAAACUGCACUUCAGGUUCAUCUGAGGGUGAGGAGGAGAAAGGCUGGAAAGGAGGGAGCAGGGAGGGCACCAGGACAGUGGUCAUGGGUGGGGAUGGACACCAGAUGGGCUGCAAAUGAGUCAAUAAAGUGCAAGAAUGGGUAAAAUGUCA